ACCAUCACCUUAAAAAAAAAAAAAAAACACGCGAAGACGUGAGGUUAGUAAAUCAAACUUCAAGAUAAUAUUAAUUUGGUAACUCUCGUCGGUGCUUUAACUUCUACAAGAAUAAACUUCGAAAAUCGGAAGAAAAUGUUGACUCCACGAUUUGAAUUGGCACAAACAGACGAUUACAUUAUGUUCGUCAUUCAUGCUCCUUAUGCUAAUAUUAAGGAUACUAUGGUCGAAGUAGAUGGGAGUGAUUUUCGAUUUUACUCUACUCCCUAUUAUCUAAGGUUGAAUCUUCCUGGGGAGAUCGUCGAGAAUGAUGCUUCAAGUGGUAAGUAUGACUGUGACAAGGGAGACUUUACGUUUAAGUUUUCUAAAGCUCAAAAGGGUGAGUUCUUUAAAAAUUUGGACAUGAUUACUACUCUGCUGGCACCUUCAAAAAUAAAAGAUAAAUUACUGCCUAACAUCGAGGUCAUAGCUAAUCCUUGUGCUGUCUUGAAUGCUGAAACUUCUGAAAAUGCAGCAGAAUUUAAUGACACCAUUAAUGCUGGUAUGGAAAACCUUUCGAAGGAAUUAAAAAAUGAGUGGUACACAGAACAAACUCCAGAAGCAGAUAACAUUCAAAUAGUGCUGCAGUCUCCAAGCUAUGGAUUUGGGAACAAAAUUUCUGGGGCUUUAGCUGAUUUUGAAGAAGCAUGGAUCAAAGAGAUAAUAGAUUUACCAUUACCAGAUAAAACGUUGCCAAAAGAUAGGCAAAAAUUAAGAGAAAUUAAUGAAGUUCUUAGUUUUGACGAGGAUCAUUACAUGUUUGAUUUAAUGACACCCGAAGAAUAUGCCGUCUCUGCCAUGAGUUAUGUUUGUGAGUGGGAAAAACUUGUGGAAGAUGACGUGUGUUUCAGCAAUGAGGAAAAAGAUUUACUUAAAGAAUUACCAAAUAAAGAUUACUUACUAGACAGUACUGAAGUAAAUAUGAUUUUAUAUGGUAUGGUAGAUAUUUUAUUUGCCAGUUGUUACAACUGCCGAAUUACAGAGGGGGAAAAUAAUACUGAGAGUGGUUGGAUAUUGACAAAACUGAGUUCAACUCUAUCAUGGUUUCAGAGUUUUACAGAUAUACGUGAUGUUAUUUUAUGUAGUGUAAGACGUUCUUUGUGCUUUCCACUUGUGAGGAAUUGGAAUUUUUCCAUGAAAGUAUUUGAGGACGUACAAAAAGUAAUUAAAUUAGGUAAGAAAUAUGUAUUGAAGCGUUUUUGUGACAUUUAUUCAAUUCUUAAUAAUUCCAAUGAACCAAGAUACAUCUUCAAUCAAUUGUACAUUAAGGAUUACUUAAUAUGGUUACAACAAGUACCAAGUUCAAGAGUACAAGAAAUAGGUUUUUUAUUGGAAAAUGUAAGCAUUAAGAAAGAAGAGCUUGGAUUAGACCUCGUGGAAAUUGAAGAAGCCUGCAAUUCGGUUAAAGAUGAUGCUUCAGUUAUAGAAAGUAACCUGCAUACUUUGUCAAGUGACCUGGAAAAACUUGUUAUUGACAAUGGAAACAAGUCAAAAUAUUUUAACUUUCCAUCAACACGUGUCGAAAAUAAUUCAAGCAGCUCUUCCUCGACCAGUUUAUGUGGCAGCAGUAGCAGCUCUGAUAGAAGCACAACCAAUGGUACUGAUAAUACCAGCAGCUUCAAGUCAACAAACAGCCAUCUGAUGCUAAACAACAGUGAACUCGAUUCGGAUGACGAUGAACUUGACUGAUAUUUUAAUAAAAUGUGUGGGGCUAUUUGUUAUCACCAACUGUAGAAA